AUGAGCCUCGCCGCACUGAGCUCUAGUGACCCCGUGCAGACGGCCGCCUACCUCCGCACCCUCCCCGCCAUCCGCGAGCGCUGCGCGCGCGUGCACGCCCUCGCCCAGGCCGGCAAACUCAACUACUUCGAGUACCACCCCGAGCGCGAGGCAGACGCCGUCGCGUUCUGCGUCGAGGUCAUCAAGGGGGGGUACGGGACGGACUUUGCGUCGAUCCCCCCGCACGGCCGCUGCCGCACCCUCGACGCCGGCAGGCCCCGCCUCGAACCCCUCGUCGCACACUGGAAGGCGGGCCCGAACCCCCCGGACACGAAGGAGAUCUGCAGGCGCCUCGUCGACCUCUGCCUCGUCUCCGUCCUCCUCGACGCCGGCGCGGGCAACGUCUGGACGUACCGCGAGAAAGAGACGGGCGCCUGCUUCUCGCGCACCGAGGGGCUCGGCGUCGCGAGCUUCGAGAUGUUCGAGCAGGGGUUCUUCAGCAGCAACCCGGCGAACGCGUACCAGGCUGAUGCGGACGCGCUUGCGAAAAUCACGACGGAGCGCGUCGCGGCCGCGAUGCAGGUCUCGGACGCGAACCCGCUCGUCGGGCUCGAGGGCCGCGCGUCCCUCCUCGUCAACCUCGGGACCGCGCUCAAGUCCAAGCCCGAGUUCUUUGGCGCGUCCGCGCGCCCGGGCAACAUCGUAGACUUCCUCGAGGGUCAGCUCGUCGACGGCCGGGCGCACGUCUUCGCGCUCUGGACCGCGCUCAUCGACGGCCUCCAGGCAAUCUGGCCCCCGACCCGCGCCGUCCUCGGCGGCGUCGCGCUCGGCGACGUCUGGCCGUGCGAGGCCCUCAGGAAGCACCCGAGCCCCGGCCCGGCCGAGGGCGACGAGCUCGUCCCGUUCCACAAGCUCACCGGCUGGAUGACGUACAGCCUCGUCGAGCCGAUCCAGAAGACGAUGGGCUGGACGUUCGACGGCGUCGAGCACCUGACGGGCCUGCCCGAGUACCGGAACGGCGGGCUGCUCGUCGACACGGGCGUGCUCGCCCUCCGCCCGGGCGCGAUCGAGGCCAGGUUCUUCCCGGACCCGAGCACGGGGAUCCCCAAGCUCCCGCCGUCGCACCCGGCGAUCGUCGAGUGGCGGGCGAUGACAGUCGUCGAGCUAGACCGCCUCGCGGACCUGCUCAGGAAGGAGUUCGGGCUCGGGAGGGAGCAGCUCUCGCUCGCGCAGGUGCUCGAGAGCGCGACCUGGACCGGCGGACGGGCGAUCGCGAAGGAGAGGCGGCCCGCGACUGGAGGCCCGCCCAUCGAGAUCGAGAGCGACGGGACGGUGUUCUGA